GGUAUUUUCAAAAAAUGAAGCUGGUUUUAAUGUAUUUUUUGUUUAAUUUACUUCAAUGUAGUAAAGGGUUUACACCGAAAGAAUAUAUGGUGGAACUAAAUGAUACUAAUUUCGAUGAAAAAAUCAAAAUUUUUGAUUCUGCUAUAGUCGUUUACUAUACAAAUCACGAUAAUUUACUACAAUUUUUGGAGUCCGAUAAUGAAAUUGAUUUAAGUAAUGAUGAACCCAUCUAUUUUGUGUAUGUGGACUGUAAUAAAUCCGGAAAACAUAUUUGUAUGAAAUACGGUAUUUCUGAUUCUUUGGAUAUAAAUAUCUUCCAUAAUGGAAUAAGAAGUUCUCAUUAUAGAGGUCCUGCAGUCAAGUCGUGUGCCAUGAAGUAUUUGAUGACUGAAAAACAACCCAGUUAUAAAGAAUUAGAUGACGAUAAUCUUCAAGAGUUUAUUUCACCACAAAAUAAUAUAUCAAUACUAGGAUGUUUUAAAAGAAACACCAAACUCAGAACUGCUUUUACAGAUGUAGCAAAAGACCUUAAACAUGUUUACAAUUUUGGAAUUGUUAAACAAUUUGAGCUAGACAAAAAAAACUAUGAGGAUGAUAUAAUAUUGUUUAGACCGACUUAUCUAACUAAUAAAUAUGAAAAAGAUUACAUUGUGUACGAAGGUGGGUCUGGCACUGACGAAAUUAAUCGAUAUAUUUCUAAAAACAAACAUGGUUUAGUUAAGGUACUAAGAAAUGAUAUAUAUCACGUAAUUACAUAUCCAAUGACCAUAGUGUAUUUUGACGUAGAUCUGCACAAUCCUCAUGGUUUAAGUUAUUGCAGAACUCAAGUUCUCAGAGUCGCAAAGCAAUUUUAUAACAGAAUGAAUUUUGCAAUUAGCGAAAAACUAAACGCGGACGAAGACAUCACCUAUCCCCAUGUGGUGAUGAAAUUUGAUGACAACGAGGUCUUUGUUAUGAAGCAAUUUUUCUCAAGUCAGAAUUUAGAAAAUUUUGUUACUGGCAUGUUGAAAAUGAUGGAGGAAUGGGAGAAACAUCCUGACCGUAGCAUGUCAGAGUGGCAAAUGAAUGUAUGAGAAUCUUUCGGUGUACCUACAUAGCAAAAAGUGAAACCAGAAUUGUUUACGUUGAAUCAGUCGACAAUUAUUCGGAGAAUUUUUUUGUAUGUUAAAAAAUAAAAAAGAACAUAAAACAAAGCUUUAGUUACUUAAAAUGUGCUGCAAUUUAUCACCUAGAAAGCCAAACGUUUCUCAAAUUUUUAAUGAAUGAUGUUGAUCCACUUAUACUUUGGACCCCUCAUAUAUUAUUUAUAUGUUGUUGUCCUCUGUAUGUUAAAAUUAUUAGUGCCGUGGAUUUUAAUCUGUCUAUAUUGUUUUCUUUUUUAUUUCCAGUAGAUAAUUGUAUAUACAUAUAUGAUUUUACUUAAACUAGCGUUCGGAGUAUAUAUCACCCCUAUCGAAAUAAAUUAUAUUUGUUUGUUUCAA